UGAUUGGCUGAGCCCAGGGGCGGCGCUGGAGCAGAGGAAGAUGUUAGCGGUGACCAGAGGAUCCUUCAGAGUUUUCAGACUUCUGCUGAGUCAGCAGUACCGGCGCCGAUGUCUCCGGCCGCAGAACUUCAGACCCAGCAGAACCCUGCAGGACUUCAGAUGGGACAGGAGCCUGCAGAUGUUGAGCAGCAGGAUGCUUCACACAACCACUGCACAGCGAGGACCCAUAGUCCAGUUCAAACUGUCCGACAUCGGAGAGGGGAUCAUGGAGGUGACGGUGAAGGAGUGGUAUGUGAAGGAGGGGGACAAAGUGUCCCAGUUUGACAGCAUCUGUGAGGUCCAGAGCGACAAGGCCUCGGUCACUAUAACCAGCCGCUACGACGGCGUCAUCAAGAAGCUCUACUACGACGUGGACGCCAUUGCGCUCGUCGGCAAACCACUGGUCGAUAUCGAGACGGAGUCCGGCUCAGAGCUAAUCCAGGAGGAGGAUGUGGUGGAGACACCAGCCAUGGCCCGGGAGGAGCACACCCACCAGGAGAUCAAAGGUCACAAGACACAGGCCACGCCCGCCGUCAGGCGGCUCGCCAUGGAGAACAACAUAAAGCUCAGUGAGGUGGUGGGGACAGGAAAGGAUGGACGGAUACUGAAGGAGGACAUCCUGAACUUCCUGGCCAAACAGACAGGAGCCAUCCUCCCUCCGGCUCCUUCCUUCCAGGAAGUCCAGAUUCCAGGCCCUGCCGCCGAAGCUCCUGCUGCCAAGUCCAUAAGCACUCCAGGAACCUUCAGACCUACACCCAAACCUCCCAGACCUGCCUUCACUGCGACAGAUGUGAUUGAGCCGAUCAAAGGUUUUCACAAAGCCAUGGUGAAGACGAUGUCGGCGGCUCUGAAGAUUCCUCACUUUGGUUACUGUGACGAAGUGGAUCUGAGCCGUCUGGUGGUUCUGAGGUCAGAACUCCAGUCUGUCACCGCGGGUCGUGGUGUCAAACUCAGCUACAUGCCCUUCUUUAUAAAGGCGGCGUCUCUCAGUCUCUUACACUUCCCGGUCCUGAACGCAGCUGUGGAUGAAGGCUGCCAGAACAUCACCUACAAGGCGUCCCAUAACAUCGGCCUGGCCAUGGACACCACUCAGGGGCUGCUGGUUCCCAAUGUGAAGAACGUUCAGCUGCUCACCGUGUUCGAGCUCGCUCAGGAGCUGAACCGUCUGCAGGCGCUGGGAGCUGCGGGUCAGCUGGGUACCGCCGAGCUCAGCGGGGGAACCUUUACUCUGUCCAACAUCGGAUCAAUUGGAGGGACCUACGCUAAACCGGUCAUUCUUCCUCCUGAGGUCGCCAUCGGAGCGCUGGGAAAGAUCCAGGUUCUGCCUCGAUUUGGUGCCGACGGUCAGGUGGUCCGGGCUCACAUCAUGAAGGUCAGCUGGUCAGCAGAUCAUCGCGUCAUCGACGGCGCCACCAUGUGUCGCUUCUCCAACCUGUGGAGGGAGUACCUGGAGAACCCGGCGUGCAUGGUUCUGGACCUUAAAUAGACUGUUAUUACCCAUCAGCCCCGGGGAGGACCAGAUGCUGUACCGAGACACACAAACAUAGCUCCGCCCCUUGCCUCCUUCACUUCCUGUUUCUGUUUGAGGCCUGUGUGCUGAAGGAUGGAGGGGCCAAAUUCCCAGGGUGGAGCCAGAACCAGGCUGACCUGAACUUUGUGGGUUUUAGAUUCCAAACAGAACUGAGCCGAGUUCGUCGUCGCCACCAUAAACCUCCAUCAGAUCCUCCACCUGGAAACACCAGAACCAGUCCCUCUGGUGGUGACUGGUUCUGGAGAAAGACCAGAAGAAUCACAGAAGCAUCAAACAGUAGAUGAUCCGGUCCUGAUGAAGAGCCUGCUGGUCUUCCUCCUGAUGGCUGCUGGGUAUAAAGCACAUGGCGUCAUGUUACACGGUUUGUCUGAUGUUUGUUAGAGAUAAAUGUCCGAGUUUAUUUUUCUGAGUUUCAGACGGCUGGAGAGGAAGAUCUGAAUAAAGCUGA